AUGGAUAUAAAGGCUGAAUCAUUUGUGAGCGGUUCGGGGGACUUUUUCGACAUACCGGCAGCAGAACAAGAAAUUACCGUUGACUCAAACGAUCAGCCUAACGUGUCAGCAGUGGGUUCAACGCUGGUGCAGAACAUUUCGCCAGCGCCAAAUGAAGGCGUGUUUCAAUCUGUUGGCCCUUCGAUUGUUCGGGUGACUGGCACUCCACAAACUGCUCGUGGACCUCGUGUUAUUAUGGUGCAACGUUCUAGCCAGGGUGGUGUGCCUUCCCCUACGCAACCAGGUCAGGGCAUUAAGACCGUCAAAAUUAUUACAGUUCCUGGCCAAGGAGCUGGUGGUAAGCCAAUUAAAGCUGCCGUCAUACCCAUGCACAUGCUCCAACGAGGCGUUAAGGUUCUUACCAGCUCGGGCCAGCAGACGAUCGGCCCGGGUGGAACAGUGAUAGCUUCGAGUGGGGUUGGCUCACCUGUAGGAACGCCUCGAGUUCUAGCUCUCCGACCAGCUACUCAAAUAACCGGCCAGACAUCAGGAAACGUGACCUUCCUGGGCGCACCAGGCACCCAUAUUCGACCAAGAACCUUUAUCGUGUCGAGUGCAUCAGGUCAGACGCGCGUGGCUCAGGGCUUUGCAUUGCCGCAACACCUGACACAGCAAGUUGGAGAGGAGGUUGAAAACUCCUUCAUAUCUGCGGGCGCUGCUGGCGCUGAAGGGUUUGUUCAGCCUGGCUUCCUUGACCUCUCCGCUGCCACGGCUGCAGGACAUCCAGCUGCGGCCCAUUUUGCUCGCCAAACCAGUCCUGGUGCCCACGAGUCAGAAGGAGAACAAGAUCACGUAACCACAGGACUCAAGACUAAUGGGCUCAGACGUUACGCUCGCUGUGUUUGCAAUAAGGUAAAGGAGAAGAAUGUCACAUCUUACAGUGAGGUUGCGGAUGAACUUGUCCACGAAUACGCCGCUGAACAUCCAAUGAUUCCAUCAGAGCAGACGGCUGAAAUACAGGAGUUGAUUUUACAACUGAUCGCCUUCAAGAACUUGAUAACGCGGAAUCGCAUGAACGAGCGCCACCAGCGACAGCGCCAAGCUCAGCGGGAGGCUAAUGAGGAGGCAACGAGCAUUUCCGGCACAAAAGCGCUCGCUAACCUGGACGAAAGUGUCGCUGCUCUUAUCCCUCAUCGUCUCGAUCGCAUCCCUCUGCCCUUCCUUGUUGUUUCAACUCUCAAGAAGACUCCCUAUGAGGUUCGUGACGAGGUUGACACUUUGAAGAGAAUGGGCCUCACCCUGCGACUGGGCAGUCCGCAAUGCACUCAAGAGGAAUAUAAUCAGUGCCUUGAACUUAUCCCUCCAUCGCUGCGCUUCUAUGUUGAAGCUAUCUUUGAACGUCGCCAGGCUAUCGUGCCUGAUUUUGAAGCUCUUCAUCAACAGCGUCGUCUCUAUGUGGAAGCGCGUUUGGCUGAAGUUGCAGGCGCAGGUGGUCCAAAUACGACUCCUGUGGGGGUAGCAGACUCUCACACCCACCACACCCAGCAUCACCGCAGACGUUUCGGCGAUGACUUCUUUGACGACGAGGAAGAGGAGGAGGUGGUGGGUGGGGGCGGUGGUGAAGGCGCGGAUGAUGGUGGCGCUGCCCCUGAACAAAUUCAUCUACAGCGCGCCAGUGCUGGCGUUGCAUCGAGCACCGAAAUAACCCCCGGGGAUACCCAGCAUUAUGCACGUGCAGCUGCUUCUCGCGGCUUCGUUGUUCCCAGUGGUCCGGGUGGCCUUCUGCGUCACUCUGCUAACAGUGUACAUCGUCAGGCCGUAAAAAUGACCGUUGAAAGUGCAAUGGGCGAAGCAUCGGAGAACGCUUCGGCUGCGGCGGCCAUUAGCGGGGGUGGCAGCGGAGCGGGAGAUGGUGCUGCUGUCGCUGGGCGGCUCUUCGAUGUUGGCGAGGAUGAAUCGGAUGUGGAUAUGGCUGAGGAAGAGGAUGAUGAUGAUGAUGAUGAAGGCAUGGAAGAUGUGCAAGACCCCUUGAAACCGUCCACAUGA